GGACGGGGCGUGGACGGCGUCGACUCCAUCGUCAUUUGCCAAGUUGCCACUGUCAUUGUCUGGUGGCAUUUGUAAUUCACUUUGAUUAAAUAUGCAAGGAUGCUGGGCUCUCUCGCAGGACGCCACUGGACGAGGACCGCAUUCAAAUGCCGCAGCAAUGCAACGACAGUCGAGGGACCCGAAAUCCAGCAAUCCACUAUCUCACUACACUGUAAGAAAUAAUAGCCUCAAGCUAUAUUUUCAUAGCUUACUUAGAAUCGUAUUAUAAUAGGUAUAAAAAAAAAACGAUAC